CCCGGGGUGGUGCGGGGACACGGGGCAGCUCCUCCAGGACCGGAGGCCACUUCGCACCGCCCCGCUCCCAGCCGGCUCGGGCCAGUUCAGUCUUUUUUAAAGCCCAGCGAUGGCUUUUCGGUGCUCGGCACGGGAAGAUGACAGCCUCGCUGCUGUCUGCCCUCUGCUUCCCGCUGCCCGAGGUAAAGUUUGCAAAGCCACCAGGGAUAACUCCCAAAAGAGAAUCGCAGGAAAUUACUUGCAAAACUCCCGAAUCCUUUGUUCAGAUAAAGAUCCCACUGCAGCGACAUGCUCCAGCUGAUGUGGGUUCCUGAAAUAAGGAAACUGUACUGGAUUCUGGGCAUUGACCUGCUACCACGUAUUAUCAUCUGCAGACAAUUUGAUCCCAGCUGACCACCUGAUCAACCCGAGGAGACCAUCUACUUGAUUAGCUGAAAGCUGUAUACAGAGAUGGACCUUUUGGGGGACAAAGCUUUCCAAGACCAACUUCUCCAACAACAAUGAUUUUCGGGCUCUUCUGCAGUCUCUUUAUGCCACAUUCAAGGAAUUUAAAAUGCAUGAGCAGAUUGAAAAUGAGUGUAUCAUUGGUUUACUUCAGCAACGUAGCCGGACAGUGUACAAUGUGCACUCAGACAACAAACUAUCAGAGAUGCUCAGCCUCUUUGAGAAAGGGUUGAAGAAUGUAAAGAAUGAAUAUGAACAGCUAAACUAUGCGAAACAGCUGAAGGAGAGACUGGAAGCCUUUACCAGGGAUUUCCUUCCUCAUAUGAAAGAGGAAGAAGAGGUUUUUCAGCCAAUGUUGAUGGAAUACUUUACUUAUGAGGAAUUGAAAGAUAUUAAGAAGAAAGUGAUUGCACAGCACUGCACACAGAAGGAGGCUGCAGAAUUCAGAGGUCUUAGUAAAUGGAAUCAAGCAGAAGAGCUUCAGAAGGUCUUUAAGUAUUCUGUGGACGAGAAGGCAGAUCAAGAAACUGAAGUAACAGGGCACACCACAAAUAUUACUAAUCUUCCUCCUGAAGUAAUGCUGACCAUUUUCAGUUACCUUAACCCCCAAGAGUUAUGUCAGUGCAGUCAAGUGAGCACUGAAUGGUCACAGCUGACUAAAACUGGAUCUCUCUGGAAACAUCUUUACCCUGUUCGCUGGGCCAGAGGUGAUUGGUACAGUGGUCCUGCAGCAGAACUUGAGGCAGAACCUGAUGAAGAAUGGGUGAAGAACAGAAAAGAUGAAAGUCGUGCUUUCCAAGAAUGGGAUGAAGAUGCUGACAUAGAUGAGUCUGAAGAAGCAGCUGAAGAUUCGCUUGCCAUUAAUAUAGCACAAAUGGAAAAACAUUUACUUCAUGGCUUAAUUCAUAAUGUUCUCCCGCAUGUAGGCUCCUCAGUGAAGACAUUAGUAUUGGCCUACAGUUCUGCAGUGUCCAGCAAAAUGGUUAGACAGAUCUUGGAGCUUUGCCCAAACUUGGAAUAUUUGGAUCUUACUCAAACUGAUAUUUCAGACUCUGCAUUUGAAAGUUGGUUGUCAAUUGGUUGUUGCCAGAAUCUCCGCCACCUUGAUCUAUCUGGAUGUGAAAAAAUCACAGAUGUGGCUAUAGAGAGGCUUUCCAGAGCACUGGGUAUCCUGUCAACUCACCAUACCAGAGGUAUUCUGAAAAGCUGCAGAAGCAGGAGUGCCAAGACUUUGUGGAAAAACAGAGAGAUUACUCUGCAGUCCAACAAGAAAUAUAAUUGUUUGCAUGAGAUCAGCAAUGAAAACCUCAUUGAGGCAGGAGAUGGUGAGCAGCAUUGGACUAAACCCGAUGGCUCGGAAAGCUUCAGUUCUGCAUAUGUGUGGAUGCUAGAUGCAGAUGAUUUAGCUGACAUUGAAGAUGCUGCAGAGUGGAGACACAGAAAUGUUGAAGGAUUUUGUCUUAUGGAACCAACAUCCCAUAUUACUUGUUCAGCAUCUUGCUACAGUAGAGACAUUUAUGGAUUAAGGACUAGAGGGUGGCAGCAGCACUGUGCGUCUACUGACUUGAUCUACUGCGGUCACUCAUUCUGUUGUGCUGGGACAGCACUAAGAACUAUUCAGGCACUUCCAGAGUCCUCUGCACUGUGUAAAAAACCAACAAGGACUAAGCAGUCAGAGAAAAAAGACUCUGCGUACUCUGGGAGUGAAAAAACAGAUGAAGAGACUGCACGAGUUCUUCAGUUUCUCAGUCUGUCUGGGUGUUACCAGAUCACAGACCGUGCUCUCAGGGCAUUGACUCUGGGAGGAGGACUGCCACAUCUGGAACACCUUAACCUCUCGGGUUGUCUCACUGUAACUGGUGCAGGCCUGCAGGAUUUAGUUUCUGCAUGCCCUUCUCUAAACGAUGAACACUUUUACUACUGUGACAACAUUAACGGUCCUCAUGCUGAAACCGCCAGUGGAUGCCAGAAUUUGCAGUGUGGUUUUCGGGCCUGCUGCCGCUCUGGUGAAUGACCUCUGACUUCUGCUCUUUCAGUCUCCUUCAUUUAGCUGAGCAGGCUUCCUUUCAUGCACUUUACUUACAGUUUGCAUCUUGUGUUAACAGUCCUUGGAGUGAGAUCUGUUAUACUAGCCUGACCCUGCCCACAACUUCCAAAUCUUAAUUAUGAGUGUACUGUACAGUGUUGUAACAAUCUCACAAAAUCUCAUUUGGCUUGAAGGGUGUUUUGUUCUUAAUUUGGGGAAGAUGGGAAAACAUCUGGAUUUUUUUUAAAAUGCCACUUUCUUUUAAGUUUGGCACUUAAAUAUACUUUACUGGAUUAUUUUGUGUUAAGUGAAUGGGUUUUUUAUUUUGAAUCCGUAAGUACAAUAUAAAGCUCUGCAGAGAAUUUGAAAUGUAUUGUUUGCAUUUGGGUAACAAUUCUACAUCUUUAGGAGCCUUGUUUCUUCCCCUUUCCCCUUAUCCUGAAGUAAUUCUUCAUAUUGCAAAAUUAGGAAAAUUCCCACCUUCCUUUUGCAUUUGGUUUUGUAUUUGGGCUUGGAAGACAUACUCAAAUAAAACAUUCCCACCAAUAAAAAAGUAUGUAUAUGUAUAUGAAUGUAUAUGCUUUUGAGGUGUAGUAUCCAGGAGUCUAAUGCCAAUAGGCUGCAGAGAUGGGAUGGGUAGGUGUGGUGCUUGCAGAGCCCUGAAUCUUGCAGUGUGUGGGGGAGUUGUUUUCAAUUCUUUCUUCGCAUGAUUGUGGUAAGAGGCACUUUUGAAACAACUUCCAAGGAAGGUAGUUUUCCUUCAUAUGAAAUCUGUGGAAGACAACACUAGGCUUUCCCCAUUGCUUUGACUCUGAUUUAAAAACAAGCCCUCGUUGAACAGUGGAGACUAGUGGGAAUGCAGGCUCUGUUGUUGGGCUGAGCAAAACCUGCACUAAAAUAAAGAGAAACGUAUAAAUUGUGUGUGGGGUGGUCUGGAAAAGAGCCUGCUGCAAGACUGGGUAGUGUAGCCCAAGUUAAUGUGAUCUGCUCAAGUGGCAUAAUUGCAGGUGGUUUUUCUUUUGGGCAGAAGAGGAGGAGGUGGCAGCCUUUGCAGAAGGCUGAUAGGUUUUUUUAUCACCCCAUCCUGCCUAAUUUUGAAGUCUGACACAUCACACUAGUAAUUUUUACCUGUUCUACUAACUGGAUACAUUAUUUUAAGUAGUGUUAUUUAGGACAGGAGCCAUGGUGGCGUAUGUGGCUUUGAAGAUUCUUGGUGUCUGGGAAGUCCACUUGCAGGCACUGCUGGAGAUUACACAAAACUGCAAGUUUUGAUACCAUCUUGGUCCCAGUACUGAGGAGCAGUAACAUAAGGAAAAUACUGGUGGAUGUGGAGUUGGUGCAGUUAGCUGCUCAUGGUUAACAGCUGAAUGUGAACUACAGGCAGAAUGUACAGUGCUCAGUUAGAAGCCUACAGAAGAGGUAUAGAAGGAUACCAUGAUUCCAGGAACUGUUGAUUCAAGUAAGCUGCAUUAAAUGUAUUUAGUGCCCAAAGGUUAGGGUACAUAUGUGUCCAUCUGUCCAAUGCUGACUGAAGCAGAGUGGAAGGAAUGGCUUUCUUGCAUCUGUUUGUGUUCCAGAAUUCUUGUUUCUGAGGCUGGAAAAGUGCAGCCAGAGGUCCUUCUUCUUGCUGGUAGGUAGUGGUUUCUGUGCAGACUGGCAAAGACACAGCUGAGGCCUCAAUGAGCUGCAGAAAGUUCUGUUCACUUACUUCACCUUUCUCUGGUGGGGACUUGGACUAAACUUAGGAGAUGUUACCAGUGUUGUUCAGCAAAGCAUGUUAGCACAGUUACUCCUUUCUCCUGGAGGUUUAUGGAGGGAACCUGUGGUGGCAACCACAGGCUCUAAACCAAAGAUUUUGUCUAGUAUUUAUUAGAUGGACUGAGACUUGUUUGGAAUUAAACUCAAGAGCAAUCUGAUGAACAUCCUUUUUAAGCUCAACCCACCAUCAUUUUUGCCUGGAAGAGUUUAAUUAGUAAGUAAGGUAACUGCAGGAAAAGGAUAUAUAUUUUAUAUCAGCAUUAGCAGUUAACACCACUAUUUACACACUAAGAAGUGAAUUUUAUUUUUAGUAAACUUAUUUUGCUAAUGUUUUACUAGGGUAACUUGAAGGAACUUGCACUCCAUAGUAACAGUCAGAAAUUCUUGUAUAAAAUUAGUAGAAACUCACUAACUUUUUGGUACAAAUGUUUAUUAAAAUACUUUGUCUUUAACUUUUAAAGAAAAUGUGUCUUACACCACUAAAUAUCUUCAGUGGUUGCAGGGUGAAUAAAGCUCAUGUAUUUGCAGCUACUCAAAAUCAGGUUCUCACUUUGGAUUCAGCAGUGUGAGAAAUCUGUUAUAUUUACCCUUACAUUAGCAAGUUUCUUCAAGUAUUCUGACUGGUCUAUACUACUUGUUUCGUACAAGUGAAGCCACAUAAAUCCAUACAGAGAAAACAUUUUGGGGAUAAGCAUGAACAUACACAGCUAAAGCAAAUUCAACAUUGGAAAUGUCAAUGGUAUGAACUCCUGUGCUGUGUACAGCUUCUAUUAAAGGCCUGACUUCAGUAAAUGGCCUGUGAAUGGGAAAUCCUGAGACCUGGAAGAAAAAAAGGAAAAAAAAAAACCUCAUAAGGUAAGAAGAAAAGUAAAGGCACCUAAAUAAAUACAUAAUUUUAAAAAUCUGUUUCACUGUGCAUGCAAAUGUAUCUGUUCUGUUGCUGUUCUGAGGAGAUGCAAUAAAAAGCACAUCUAGUAUUUUAAUACCACCUCCCUAUUUCAUAUAAUCCUGGCAAACUUUGGACAUUUUCCCUCUGUAGUUUGGGUUCUGUUCAAACUAAAGAUAUUUAGAAAUCCAGUAGAAUAAAAUGAUGUUACUGAAGGCAUACAGCAUAACUUUGUGGCUUUUCUGCCUCUUAACUGGUUUUAAUUCAUUGUGUUCUUCUGGCUGGGGAUGUGAGGUGGCAGAUAUUGCUUGCCCAUAAUAGAUUUCAGGUCCAACAGAAACCUCAAUUCUUUUGGAAGUUGCCACAGUAACAUGAGUGUUUCACCUGAAGAGCGGAAGGACUAACCCUUUAGAACAGCCUGGAGGAAAUGCAUAAAUACACUGGUGGCAUCAGUGAAUACUGAAGUUAAUAUUGUUCUGUCUUUAAAGGGUGGAGCAAAGAGUAGACAGCUGAAGUGUAGAGCACAUUGCUGUCCUUGAAGUGGACUGUGCUGCAUUACUUAGCACCAGUGCCAGGUUCUUACUGACCAGACUUGAGAGCUACUGCACUGAUCAACCCACAAGCAUUCAGUGCUUGGAGACAGCACCUACGUUUAUGUAUUGGAGGUAGUGACUGCUCUGGUACAGCAGUAACACAAGAACAGUGCAGCCAGUUUAGCUUUACAUUCAACAGAGGCUUUUAUCCUCAACAUCAACAAAUGAAAUCAAAGAAAUCAUUACUCCUUCAGUCUGUAAAUAUUGCACUGGUUUAUCUUAUGGUACAAAAGCUUUUUAUACCCGAGUACUGGUACUAAAUCCUAGGGCUUUAGCCUCCUAGUUAUAUGCACAAGCCAUACACAUUCACAGCUGUACCCUGUAAUCUCCCAGCUGUUUUUGCAGCUCUGCCUCGUGGUCAUCUUCUACAUCUUUGCCUUGGUUUUGUUCCAGCAGUGGUAGAAAGUUACGGAGGGUAGAGGUACAGUAUCUGUUCCAGCGAGUUAGAUGCCUUGGUCUCCAUUCCAUAAUCUUAUCUUUUAAUAGUUUUUCAAUCCUGUAAUAAAAUAUACUGAUUACUACAGGUUGGUAUUUACCGGACACCUUGACACACUUAGCACAGAUUAUGGGUAACAUAAACACUUCAGUUAAAUUGAGUGCUAUGUAAAAGCACAGAAAAGCAAUCCGAGCAUAGCUAUAUGGUGCCUGCAUCUCCACUAACCGUGGGAGGCCAGGGGCUUACAGCUUUCUUUUGCUUAUUAGGAAACCACAGCACCGCCAGAUCAGCUUUUUCUAUCUCGUAAUCUCUAAAAGAGCAUUUAAAGCUGACUUUUUUUUGGCCACUGUCAAUUCCUAAUGUUCAAAGCAGGUUUUUAGCACCUAUGCAUGAACAUACUUGAUGGGGAUGUAAGAAGAUGCUCCACCUCUGUUGAUGAACACUGACAACAUUUGUUUUGGGGGUAGAAUUACCUGCCUUGUAGUUCCACUGCAGCAGCCUUGUCUGAGUGCUGAUAAACUAAUUCUUCAGGCUAGCAAUAAAUACAAAGGUUAAAUAUUAAAAAACACAGUUUCUUCUAGUUAUACAGCAAUGGAACUUCAGGAGGUCCACUAAGAAUGAACAUGUGAGCACCAUUAUGUGAAAAUUAUUUAGUAGACCAUUAUUUUGUAUUUUAAUAAAAACAUUGAGAUGUUUGUGUGUAA